AUGGGGUUUGGCUUGAGCAACAAGUUUGAUACAGAAUUUCCUUCUGUUCUGACAGGGAAGGUUGCCCCGGAAGAAUUCAAGACCAGUAUCAGUCGUGUGAAUGCCUGUUUAAGAAAGAAUCUCCCUGUCAAUGUAAAAUGGCUGCUUUGUGGCUGUCUGUGUUGCUGCUGCACACUGGGCUGUAGCCUGUGGCCUGUAGUCUGUCUUAACAAAAGAACUAGAAGAUCAAUUCAGAAGUUAUUAGAAUGGGAAAAUAACAGACUAUAUCAUAAGCUUGGUUUGCACUGGAAGCUGAGUAAAAGGAAAUGCGAAACUAGCAAUAUGAUGGAAUAUGUAAUAUUAAUAGAGUUCUUACCAAAAUAUCCCAUAUUUCGACCUGACUGAGGAACAGCAUUUGAUCUUUCAUGUUACCUGUCAUUUUCUACCCUUAGUGCCUUGUAGAUGAUUUUGGAAAGAAGAUGGUCUACUUUGCUGUGACUUAAAAAUGUUCUUCAGUAGAAUAUCUUCCUUGCUACGUUAUUUUCUUUUGUUAAGAAGAGAACAAUUUGCACAUUUUUUUAAUGUUAAAUGAGGCUUCUAUGUUGCACUCUGAAUUUUUAACAUUAACUGAUAUCGUUGCCACUAGGGAUCUAACAUCAGUGCUGCUUAAACUUGUUCUGAGCAUGCUGCCUUAUUAAUUUCUAUAUUUGCUGUCCUCAAACAUGCAUCCUAAUGCUGUGUCAUACUAUAUUUCAUUCUAAAUGUCGCAAUCCUAUAAACCCUCAAUAGAAAUGUCCAGGUAAGCGUCUAGUAGUAAUGAUUUUAGUAUAACUUGCUUGCAUAGGACUUGCAAUCAACAGCACUGGUUUUGUCCUGCACUUUGCAAAAUCAUCAUUUACAUUAGGGGGUUAAUUAUUUUACCCACUAUGGAUUUGUAAAUAUUGACUCUUUGCAUAAUGUAAAGUGUGGUAUGCCAAGGUUUACAGAAUGUAAUAUAGCUCUUAUUCUAUUGCCAACAGUCCGACAUCGUUUUAUUCAUUACAUUUGCUAGUAUUCCUCUGAUUGUAUAGACCCAUUCACAUGCUGUUUUUAUGGUAAAGCCAUAAUGAGUUUGUACAUACUAUCAGAUGUGUAGGGCUCAGUUGCACUUUGUUUAGUAAAUGGAUGAAAAAUGCAUAGCAUUUCUGUCUUCUUUUUUUUUUUUUUUAAAGUAUUUCAGGUGUUGUUUGUAGCACCUGAAAUAGGAAGUUUAAAUACUGUUCAUCUUAUGGGGUAGAUGGCAGCUGCUAUUAGCAAAAUAUCCUAAAGCCUCUUUUUAAGUUAGGAAUGUAUGGAUGUCAAGUUUUUUUUUGUUUUUUAAGUAAGGAAAAAAAUGUUUCAUAAUUGGAGACCUUCGUUACUAAAGAGAAGAAUUUGGAACAGCCAAAUCUAAGCGGAAGUAGCACUUUCAUUAUUUUUGUAGUGUGAUAGUACUUCAACAUUUUAACAGUUACGUGACACGGCAUCCUUUCCAGUGGUAAUAAACUUUAUCUAAAUCAGAGUAGUGUUUCAAAAUAUGCUGAUGGGAGGAAGUGGAUCAGUUGAAGGGGUUCAUGCAUAUGUUUUGGCGUUCAGGCACAGUCUGAAGAGCCACAAAUGCCUUGUGGAAUUCACAAGUAUUUUUGGAUUCUUCCCUGUUUGCCUGAUCUCAGGAAGGGAAGUAAUUGUAGAAAAACUUCCUGUAAUGGCUGGCCUAAGCAAGACCACUUGAUAAUAGUAAGCAGAUGAAAAUGGAUGCAAGUUCCCUCCCUUUCCUAACUAGAAAUAAGAAAUCAAAGAAAAAACAGCAGAUGACUGAGUAUGUUGUGAUGAGUAUCAUCGUAAAUGUCCAGGCAUUUCUUUGCAGCAACUUGACUUCUUGUGAGGUCAUCCCAAGUUGCUUUUUAGUUCCGGGGUGACUUGGGAUUUCCUCUGAAUGUAUUUGCAUCUCUUUCAGUAUGCAAUAUUGUAUUAAAAUAUAGUAUUUGUAAGACCAUUGCAUUCUAA